GUCUUGUCGGGGAAGGAAGACUUGUACGGGGGGGUUCUGGUAGAGACCAGCAGCAUGUCCAAGGAUCCCGCGAGCUUCAGUGAGCAGCUCUCGAGGUCCCUGGAGUCCUGGAGGAGGGAGAAGAAGAAGGGGAUCUGGAUCACGAUCGCCCCCGACAUGGCCGCGCACAUCCCCGUCGCUGUCGAGCAAGGGUUCCACUUCCAUCAUGCGAGCAAGGACAAGGGAGUCACCAUGUACACAUGGCUGUCAGAGGCUAUAUGUAACAUCCCCAACAACGCAUCCCACUACGUGGGUGUCGGUGUGGCGGUCAUGGACGAUCAGGACAGGAUCCUCGUUGUGCAGGCAAGUGCAGCAUGCGAAGUCCUGCAGGUUGUCAAGUUCGCUCAGGUGCCAACGGGCCUGGUGGAGAGUGGAGAAGACAUUGCUGAGGCAGCUGAACGAGAGGUCUUUGAGGAGACAGGAAUCAGAGUUCACUUCGAGGGAGUCCUCGCCUUCCGGCAUUGGCUGCAGAAAAAGACAGACCUGUUUUUUUUGUGCAAAGGAAGGCCUCUCAACUCCAACAUCGUCCCUCAGGCAACAAGUCACACUGAAGCGGAAUGGAUGCCCAUCCAAGAGUUUCUCAGCAAGCCGAUGACGCCCGAGGGGUCAGGUACCUGCAGCAGCUGA